AACAUUCCUUCAGUUCGUGUCAAGUUUUUAUUUUACAACAGAAUGCUCAAGAAAUGUCUGAAUCUAAUCGUCAAGUCGUUUAUAAUGGUUACAAUCAUUAAGUGUUUCCAAAUAAGUUCCUACGAUAAUUGCAGUUUUAACUACUUUUAAUAAGAAAACAAUUUUGGCAACUUACAAUAAUCCACAGUAAUAUGAUUAUCAACUAGUUUAAAUUUAAACUUCAGAGAGUCGUCAACUUUUCAGUACAAUGGAGCGGUGGCAGGGUAAAGUUGCUGUAGUGACAGGUGCAAGUUCGGGAAUUGGUGCACAGUGUGCCAUGGAUUUGGCUAAAGCCGGAAUGAUAGUUGUCGGUUUGGCACGUCGGGAAGGCCUAGUAGCAGACCUUAGAUACGAGCUUCCAAAAGAUGCAAGAAACAGAUUGCACACACUUAAAUGUGACGUAACAAAAGAGUGCGAUGUAAAUAAAGCAUUUUCUCGAAUUAAAGACAAAUUUGGUGGAAUCGAUGUGCUCAUUAACAAUGCUGGAAUAUUUCGACAAACAAGUCUUCUAUGUGAUGAUAAUGUGGCAGAUUUACAUGAAGUUUUGAUGACAAAUGUUAUGGGAAAGGUUCACUGUACUCGUGAGGCUUUUAAGAGUAUGAAAGAGAGAAAUGUUGAUGGACAUGUGGUGAACAUGAAUAGUACUUGCGGCCACAAAGUAGUACGGACUGAGGGACACCCAUGUAAUAUGUAUACUCCGUCAAAAUUUGCUAUUACCGCCUUGACAGAGGAAUAUCGCCAAGAGUUUUAUGAAAAUAAAACAAAAAUCAAAAUUACGAGUUUGUCCCCUGGAGUUGUGGAUACAAAUAUAACUCGCAGGAAAGAUAUCGAUCCUUUGGAGAUGUUGAAACCUAAAGAUGUUUCAAAUGCUGUCAUAUAUAUACUAUCAACUCCUGUUGGUGUUGAGAUCACCGAACUAACCAUUAAAGCAAUGCGGGAUAAUUCUUGAGACCUUAAGUGAUUUUUUUUAAAUAUUUAAUAGAGAUUCUUAAUGUGUUCUUAAAAAGUGUCCACAUUUAGUGAAGAUCGUUGUUUCUUUGUGUAUUAUAGUGUUAGUAAGCUUUGGAAUAAACUUGCGUUUUACGAAA